GUUUGUUUUUGGAAAACAGAAAUUGCAGUACACAAUUAAGUGUGGGUGUGUGCUUGGGUCAGGACCCACAAAAUGAUUUGUUUGCUAAGGUAAAAAAAAUGAAUUGGGAAGUGAAAGUGAGUAGGAUGGGAAUUCCCUGAAGACUAUCAGUGGGUGAACAGGCAAUAAAUUAGUUGUUCACCGGGGUAAGAACAUCUCUUCUCUGUCUGGAUCACAAGCAGGAAAGGGGACACAACGCAGAGAUGAGCCAACAAGUUUUCUUCACCAUCCUUGUUCUUCUGGCUUGCUGCGGGGCACUCAUACAAGGAUUGCCCACCUCCAGCCGGGAGCGCUGUUUAUGCAAAAGAUCAGGAAUGCUGUCCGUGAACAUGGAACGUGUGGUGAAAGUCGAGUACCACAAGUCAACCACCAGCUGUGGACAUGAGGAACUGCUAGUGUUCCUUAGAAACAACCGAAGACGCUGUCUGAAUUUGAAUGGGGACCAAGGCAGGAGAAUUAAACAGGCAAUUAUAGAAGAAAAAAAUGCCAACCAAUGAAGUUCAAGCUGAGUUUUAGAGAAGCUGCUUCAUAAAUGAUUCACUUCCUAAAGACACGUAAUCAGUUUCUGAAGGAUUCAUAAUCUUUGACAUCCACGUUGGAAGCCAACAGCGUUAUUCUUAUCAAGCUGCUGGGGUUUAGAAGUUAAGCCCAAGCACUUCCCAUAGGAAUUCAUUAAAACAAGUACAAGAGGGAUGCAAUGAGUUGAAAUGUCUGUGAUUUUCUUUUGAUUUUGACAUCUCUGACCAUAGAAGAUGUUCAUUCUUCCAAAUCAGACAAGCCAGGACAAUGUGAUACAGGCACCCUUCAUUCCUAAAUAUUUUAUGCUUGUUACAUCAAUGCAGAUGGUCCUUGACUUACAACCACAACUGAGUCCAACAUUUCCGUUGCAAAAGCAAGACCAUUAAAAGUGAGAUUUGCUUCAUUUUACGACCUUUCUUGCACAGUGUUUAAGUGAAUUCACUGCAGCUGUUAAGUUAGUAACACGGAUUUCGAAUCUGGCUUCCUCCUUGACUUUGCUUAUCAGAAGGUCGCAAACCAGGAUCAUAUGACCUCGGGACACUGCAACCGUCAUAAAUUUGAGUCAGUUGUCGAGCAACCUAAUUUUGAUCACACGAGUUGCUGCAGCAGUCUUGAAUCUGAAAAUUAUCCCUGCUUUCAGAGGCGUUUUAACUUGAAAAGAACUAGUUGGUGGCCCAGUAGCUAAGACACUGAGCUUGUCGAUCAGAAAGGAUGGCAGUUCGGCGGUUCGAAUCCCUAGUACAGGUCUCCUGUGUGAGCAGGGGGUUGGACUAGAUGACCUCCAAGGUCCCUUUCAACUUUGUUACUGUUUAUCUGAAUUUUAAUCAUGGGGAUGUACAAUGGUUGUAAGUGUAAAACAUUGAUCAUAAGUCUGUUUUUUCAGUGCCAUUGUAACUAAAUGAAUGGUUGUAAGUCAAGGACUACCUAUAUGUCAUGCUUGUUAAUACAAUUAGAGGCUUCCAUUCCCGAUCAUGUUCUGUGUGUGUUGUAAUGUUGCAGUCCAAGCUUUAUCAUUUUUUAGUAGCGUUGCAAUUUUGUACGUAAGUCGAAGAAUGGAGCCCGUGGCACCAUAACACACCAUAUCUCCCAUUGAGUCCUCUGUGGGCAUUUAUGUAUAUAGUCUACUAUAGUUUAAGAGAAUAUUUCUUCAAUAUUUCAAUAAAUGUCAUUCUGCUA